AUGGCGCUGCUCGAAUCAUUCGACGAUGCUCUGGCAGCCACGGCAUCCAAGCGCUCUACCACGUCACCGCCUGCUCUUCGCGUGGUCGGCGGAAACCUUUGUUCAACCGCCAUCGAGUGGCACUCGGUGCAAUCUAACUUGACACCCCACAGUCACGGCCUGGUCAGCUCGGUUUAUCGUUGUUCUCUUUCUCCCUGCGCCACCUGGCCCUUUGAUCACGCAGCCUCGUCCAGUACACAAGCCGACUCGACACUGUGCCGCGCAGCAUCGUCUGCGGACGGCCUUCCAGGCUGGGUGUGCAUCAAACGUGUCGAACCAGACACACAACCGCGUCCACAUUCCGUGUCUCGCGAAGUCGCACUGCUCUCCAGCUUGUCACAUCCCAACGUCGCUCCGCUACUAGCCGCAAUCCUCGACGAAUCAGAUCCUUUCGGUUCAGUCAUCGACCUCGUCCUUCCGCUCUACGCGGCAACGUUAGAGGAGGUGCUCGCAGAACCUUCACUCGUACCAUCCCUCACAGUUCUGUCCGACACGGGUGAGCAAGUGAGGGCGGCAAAAUCCAUCGCCCACCUCUGGUCAGAUUCGGUGUCCUCUUUUAUUAAAGACGUGUCCAAACAGCUCUUGAAUGGCGUCGCAUUCCUACACGUGAAUGCGAUUGCACACAGGGACAUAAAACCCUCCAAUAUCUUGUUGAGCCACAAUGGCGUAGUCAAAAUCAUCGAUUUGGCAACCGCCUAUACUACUCGAAGGCUAAGAGAUCCAAUCUCGACCGAACCGGAAGGAUGGGUGGAGGGUGAACGAGCAAACCAGAUGGUAUGCCAGGUGGGGACGCGCGAAUUUCGAGCACCUGAGUUGCUCUUCUCGCCUGUCGGAGGGUAUGAUGCCUUUGCCGUAGAUGUUUGGGCGCUCGGAGUCACUCUAGCCCACUUUUUCACCGCUCUCACCGCCCUUGGCUCCUCCUCGCACGCUAUAGACAUGCCAUGCCUCGAUGUGGAGCAGCAAGAUGAGCGACUACCUUGGCAAAAAGCAUUUGAAUCCGCAACAGCCCUCCCUUCGCCCACUGGCUCCUCCUCCUCUAGUUUGUUCUGGGAAGAGGAAGCACCUAUCGCUCACCACAAUCUACCCAGAACAGCGUCCGCCUACAGUCGAACGCCACUCUUCACGCCAGACAAAGGAGAUAUCGGUCUAGCUGCCAGCAUCUUCCACCUUCUCGGCCUGCCCACCGACGUCAAAGACUGGCCAGAAGCAGAGCACUUUCAACCACCGCUGCACAGGCUACCUUUUGCUGCUACCAGUGGCCACGGUUUGUUGACGGCCAUGCCCUUGUUCAAUGCCGAGCCAGCGCUAACCAACCUUGUACACCAAGUCAUCCUGCCAGCCAUCACCCUCUCGGCAAGCAAGAGACCAAAAGCGAGCGAGCUGGUUGAUGCUUUGCAACCAUGA